CCGGAAACUGCCAUUUCCAAACCAGGAAGUGAAAUCAUACAUCGUGAAACAUUUCUCCUUAUUAGAGGGUAUAACCAUGUCUGACCAGACCAGAAAUAGGAGGACAAGUCAGAAGUCUAACAACAAACCAAGCAGGCUGCUUUCUAAUCAGGAAAAUGAGAUUCUCUUCACUACAAUUGGGUCAAGAUGUUUGACACUCGCCAGUGCUGUUGUCCAAGUGUUCCUGGCUGAGGCGCCAAGUCGCAAUCGCUGGAAUAAAAGAUGCUGCGGUGUGGCGACUUUUAUCAAAGACAACCCAAAGCGUUCAUAUUUCAUACGGGUUUAUGAUAUCAAGAGCCAAAGAAUGAUCUGGGAGCAGGAACUAUACAAUCAAUUCAAGUAUAGCACACCAAGACCUUUCUUCCACACCUUCGAUACAGAUGAUUGCACUGCAGGUUUGAACUUUGCCAAUGAUGAUGAAGCAAACAGAUUCAAAACAGUCAUCCAAGACAAACUGGAGGAGAAGCACAAGCGUAAAAUGGAAAGAAGAGCUACUGCAAGGCCUCAAGCUCAGGCUCCUAAGGCAACGGCAUCACCGCCCAAACCUGUUGUGUCCUCUCCACCACUGCCAACCAUUGCAGCUGACAAGGGAACAAGCACCCUGAAGAAGAAGGGCAAAGACAAGAAGAAGAAAAUCAACAAGGACAUGAUUGGUACCCCUACUAACUUUGUCCAUGUGGGACAUGUGGGCUGGGAUCCUGACAAGGGAUUUGAUAUGAACAACCUUGACCCUAGUUUGAAGAACCUAUUUGACCAAGCGGGUAUAUCAGCCAAUGAGCUCCAAGAUAAGGAAACUGCUACAUUUAUAUAUGACUUCAUUGAACAACAGGGAGGGCUUGAUGCAGUUAAGAAAGAGGUUUCUAAUCGAGACCCUCCACCCCCACCCCCUUCAUCAGGAGGCUAUUCCCCAGCUCCUCCCCCACCAGGUAGGAGUGGUAUGGCAGCCCCACCCCCUCCCCCAUCCAGAAACAUGGGAGCCCCUCCUCCACCACCCCCUGGGCGUAAUGGGUCUGCCCCUCCUCCUCCACCACCUUCUAGAGGGCCCCAGCGUGGUAUGGGUGCUCCACCUCCUCCGGCUCCAUCCAGAAAUAUGGGCGCCCCACCCCCGCCCCCACCUUCAGGUGGCGCACCUCCUCCCCCUCCCCCUGGUGGUGGAGCCCCUCCCCCUCCUCCCCCAGGGCCUCCUCCGCCUCCUGGUAUGGGAGCUCCACCACCUCCCCCCAUGAUGGGAGGAGGAGGGGGUCCCCCACCACCACCACCCCAGGCUGGACGUGGAGAUUUGCUGUCACAGAUCCAACUGGGGACACAAUUGAAGAAGGUCGAUCCUAGUGAGCAACUUCCAAGUCCAGAAGAAGAUGGAAGGAACAGUCUACUCAGUCAGAUCAGACAAGGAACAAAAUUAAAAGAGGUUAAACCUGAGGACCAGGCUUCCAACAGGAAUUCAUCCACAAGUGCACCCCAGGAUGGACUCGCUGGUGCCUUAGCAAAAGCCCUUGCAAACAGAGCCAAUGUUAUACAAGAUGACGACGAUGAUGAUCCAGAUGAUGACGAUGAUGAUUGGGACGAUGAUGACUAAGAGAGUAAUGCUUUUAGACGGUCUUAUUGGAUGAAGAAUAUUGAACAUUUGAUUUGAGGCAUACUGGAACUUAAUAUGCUAAUGUGCACCCAUAAACAUAACCGAUUAUUUUAGAAGAAACGACUUUUAGAUUGACAAAUCAAUAAAAGGUUAAUUUCACGUUUGUGAGGGGUCAAUCUUAAUGUAAUUAACUGUGUUUUAACUUUGUAACAUUGACCUGGUCAAUAAACAGAACAAUAACAGUGAUGGUUGACAAGGAUGGAAGAUAUGGAAUCACUUAAUAGUAGUAGUGUUCAAUAUUAGGGUUGAACUUCAAAAAAUUGAAUCUUGUUUUUUAAAUUUUGAUAAGAUCCUUAUUGUAAAUAAAAGGACUUUAAAUUAACAGGAACUGUAAUUAUGAACUUGCAUUAUAUUAAUUAGGUGUGGAGCAACUGUUUCUCAAAAAGGA